AUGCUUGUCUUGAUAGCCAAAGUAACAACGCCUGGUCCUGGCUUAUCUCGUGGCUUGAGCGAGGGAGGGCGAGGUGCAGACGCUGCUGUCCUUGCGGCGAACGGCCAUGACACUGUCAUGAGACGUUCGUUCAGUUGGCUGGCGGCUUUGGGGUUGGGGUUCUCGAUCACGAACUCGUGGGUUGGAUAUCUUAGCUGCUUCGGACAGAAUCUCAACUAUGUUGGCCCAGCUGCGGUCAUCUUCGGCCUGUUAGCCGCCUUCUUCUGCCAGGGGUUUGUCUCUCUGGGCCUCGCAGAGCUCGCGUCGGCAUUUCCUAGCAGUGGAGGACAGUAUCACUUCGUCUACGUCCUCUCCACAGAAAAGACCAAGAGAUUUGCAGCUUAUAUCGUUGGGUGGACAUCGGUCCUGGCUUGGUGGACCGUGACAUGUUCUGGGCUGUCUCUCGCCGCCAUCACAAUCAGCGGCAUAGCGAACUUCUGGCAUCCCGAGUGGACGCCUACGUCGUGGCAGACGUACCUCAUCUAUGUCGCAUUCUUUCCCUGUUCCUCGCACUUCCUGUCCAUCAUCGGAUGCGUCAUGUUCCUCAUCACGACCUGCGUAAUGCACGAGGAGACUCAGCCGGCCUCAUACUUAACGCAGCCGAGACUCGGUGUUAGUGGGUGGUCGACAUCGGCGGCGUGGUUGCUGGCGAUCAGCAAUGGCAUGUAUGCGUAUGGUGGGACUGAUGGCGCCAUCCACAUCAGCGAAGAGAUUAUCAAUCCUGGACGUCGCGUACCGCAGGUCAUGAUAGCGACGAUGACGCUGGGGCUUGGGACGACGUUGCCGCUUUUUAUUCCGUUGAUGCUGUUCAGUACGGAUUUGGAUGCUGUUCGAUCGUCGCCAUUGCCGUCCAUUGAGCUGGUCUAUCAAGCCACGGGAAGCAAAGCCGUCACAACGUUUCUGAUGGUCUGGCUAUGGCUGGUGUACAUGGGCAGCCUCCCCGCCCAAUGGGUAACAGCAGGCCGAAUCGCCUGGGCAUUCGCACGAGACCACGGCACCCCCUUCCCCCAAUUCUUCACCCACAUCUCCCCCCGCCUACACUUCCCCGUCCGCUCCACCCUCGCGGCAUUCACCUUCGCCUGCCUCUACGGCCUGCUCUACCUCGCAUCCACAACAGCUUUCAACUCCAUCAUGACCUCCGCCGUCCUCUUCCUCAACCUCUCCUACGCCAUCCCGCAAGGAAUCCUGCUCGUCCGGGGCCGCGCCAGAAUGCUUCCAACACGCUAUCUCAGCCUGGGGUGGUUCGGGACGUUCUGCAAUGCGUUUGCGGUGGUGUGGACGGCGGUGCUGACGGUGAUUACUUGCUUUCCGCCGAGUCUGCCGGUGACGGUUGCGGCGAUGAAUUAUACGAGUGUAGUGCUUGUGGGGAUGAUUUUGAUUGUGUUGGGGCUGUGGUUUGCGGUUGGGAGGAAGAAAUUCACAGGCCCAAAGAUUAGCUGGGAGAUGUUGGAGGAGGCGAAUCGGUUGGCGAGGUCGAAGAGAGAUUGA